GGGGAACUGGAAAAGUUAAAUCAAUCCACAGAUGACAUCAAUCGAAGAGAAACUGAACUUGAGGAUGCACGCCAGAAAUUCCGUUCUGUGCUGGUGGAAGCUACAGUGAAACUAGAUGAACUUGUUAAGAAGAUUGGAAAAGCUGUGGAAGACUCUAAACCUUACUGGGAGGCCCGGAGGGUAGCCAGACAGGCACAACUGGAAGCUCAGAAGGCAACUCAGGAUUUCCAGAGGGCUACUGAGGUGCUGCGUGCUGCCAAGGAGACCAUUUCACUUGCGGAGCAAAGGUUGCUGGAGGAUGACAAACGUCAGUUUGACUCUGCUUGGCAAGAGAUGCUUAAUCAUGCCACCCAAAGGGUCAUGGAGGCAGAACAGACGAAAACGAGAAGUGAGCUGGUGCACAAGGAAACGGCAGCCAAAUACAAUGCUGCAAUGGGCCGGAUGAAGCAGCUGGAGAAGAAACUGAAAAGGGCCAUCAAUAAAUCCAAGCCUUAUUUUGAACUAAAGGCAAAAUACUAUGUACAGCUAGAGCAAUUUAAGAAGACUGUGGAUGACCUGCAGGCAAAGCUGGCCCUAGCAAAGGGAGAGUACAAAACAGCCUUGAAAAACCUUGAGAUGAUCUCAGAUGAGAUCCACGAGAAAAGACGGUCCGCUGCUAUGGGGCCCCGGGGCUGUGGCGUAGGUGCGGAAGGCAGUAACACUUCAGUGGAAGAUCUUUCAACAUGUAAACUGGAGUCAGACACCAUCUCCAUGGCUUCUGAAGUGUUUGAGGAUGACAACUGCAGCAGCCUUGUGUCUGAAGAAGAUUCUGAGACCCAGUCAGUGUCCAGUUUCAGUUCUGGUCCUACAAGUCCCUAUGAGAUGCCCACUCCGUUUCCUACAGCAACACGACCUGGCAGCCUGGAUCUGUCCAGUCCUGUCUCGCUCUCUGAAUUUGGGAUGAUGUUUCCUGUACUAGGUCCUCGAAGUGAAUGCAGUGGGGCAUCCUCUCCUGAAUGUGAAGUUGAAAGAGGGGAUAGGGCAGAAGGGGCUGAGAACAAGAUGAGCAACAAAGCAAACAAGAACAGGAGCAGCAGUGGCAACUCCGCCGAGGGUCUGGCUUUGGAUAACCGAAUGAAGCAGCUUUCGCUCCGGUGCAUGAAAGUCAAAGAGGGGAUCAUUGCAGACAGAAAAGCUGUGCAAAUUGGCUGAGUCCUCCUGCUGCUCUGUUCUGGUUAAGUGAAGCAUAAAUAUUUAUACAUGAACUUCAAAAUGUCUGAAGAACAUUGUGCCAAUAACUAUUUAAUAUAUGCCAAAUCUUAAGCGUUUACUCUACAAAUUUAAAACUGCACUAAAGACGUCUAAUUGAUGUUGAGGGCUGAAGUAUUUUUUCAGUAAAAUCUUUGUAGGACAGACAAGUUGUCAAAGUGUAAGCUGUGCUCACUGUAUUUCACAGCAUUUGUAAACUGCUUUGUAGCAGCCUGGCUGAAGCAAUAACUAGUGUUGUUCCUGCAUAAACACAUGCCAGCGGGGGUGGGGGGGUCUGAAAUCCAAGCCAAACCCUUGGCCUGAGCAGUUUGGCUUGUUUUGUAGAAUGAGACACACUUUAGAGUGGCUCUCUGAAGUGUAAUUGGCAUAUUCUCUGAACACCUGUGUGUGUACUAUUCAGAAACAGUAGAAGUAUUUUGUAUACAAGGAAGCUGUUGCAUGUGUAGGUUUAGAAGUCUUCGCUCGGCCUCCCGUGCUCAUGGGGAAGCUAGUCAUGACCUGAAGUACUGGCCUCAGAAGGUGGCAGAAAUAUGGUGGUAUUUUUCAAUAGUUGUGUGUUCCUGCGGGCCCCCUUACUUUUCAAGGGGGGGUUGUAACUUUUGCAGGGUGAAUCCAGUGACCAAAAUGAGAUCUAACUAAUUUCUAAGAAUUUAGUUUCAUUUUUCAGCACUUUCAAAAAUGUUACUGUAAAACAGAAUGAAUUAGUGUGCCAGAAAGUAGUUGUAGCCCUUGACCUACCGAAUAUUAAAGGCUUGUUCUUAAGGAGACGCAUGAAGAAAAGUUGCUGCUAAUGUGGAUUGAUGUGUUGUAACAUGUAAGGUUUUAUAAUUUCUUGAGACUUGCAAUUUUAGUAUCCCCUAGAGAAACUGUUCACUAAAAAUAGAAAGGGAAUGGGGGGCAUGUUUUGGCAGCAACUCUUAGGCAGUAGUGGUGUCUAGUAGUUAUUCUAAUAAGUGGUAGCAAAAAUCCUAGGAUUUCUCAGUUUUGGUGGCUGAACAUUUCUAAAAGUACCCUAUUAUAUCUAAAGUAUUCUGUUUGUUUUCUUUUUUUGUUAUUAGAUGGAAAUUUAUCAUCCAAAGUAUUUUCUAUUCCAUGUUUUGCAGUACUGGUGUAUUUUGUCCCUGCCCCUUGGCUUGCGUGUAUGUGUGUAGUCUCAAAGUAAAUGUAAAAUUCUUUACGCUACAGUAAACAUGUUGGUUUUCCACAUUGUCUUGUACAGUAUCAGUGUAUCUGAACUAAAUAUUUCAGUAGCUAUACUAAAAAUGUAGUUCUGGAGUAAACCAUAGUCAGAAAUUUAAACUUCUUUUUUACAA